AUGCAAAAGGGGGCUGACCAAAUGGAGGGUGCAGGAGACAAGGAGUCUGAGGAGAGUGCGCAGGAUACUUCGGAGCAAACUGUCAGAGAGCGAGUCCGAACAAAUACACCAAGUCCAAACGCUUCAAAAUCCAGCCCACCCAGGUUUGUGCGUGUAGAAGAGUUGAUGGAGACAGCAAAAGGAGUCACAAAUAUGGCUUUGGCCCACGAAAUAAUGGUUAACCAGGAUUUUCAACUUAAACCCACUGAGUUUCCUGAAGGAAGUUUUGAGCGCAGAGUGAAGGACAUUUUGCACCAAGCAUUCUGGGAUUAUCUGGAAAGUCAGUUAAAGGAGGACCCACCACAGUAUGGCCAUGUCAUCCAACAACUGGCUGAAAUUAAAGAGACAUUGCUUUCUUUCUUGCUGCCGGGCCACGGUCACCUGCGUUCCCGUAUUGAAGAGGUUCUUGACCUGGCUCUCAUCCAGCAGCAGGCGGAGAAAGGAGCAGUGGAUGUUGGUGCUCUAUCCCGUUUCAUUAUUGAGAUGAUGGGAUCACUCUGUGCCCCAAUAAGGGAUGAGGACGUCAAUAAACUAAAAGAGAUCACCGAUUUUGUCCCUUUGCUUAAGGCCAUAUGUUCACUAUUGGACCUGAUGAAGUUGGACAUGGCUAACUUUGCUGUAAACAGCAUCAGGCCCCAUCUGAUGCAGCAAUCAGUUGAGUAUGAGAGGAAUAAGUUUCAGCAGUUUCUGGACAGACAGCCCAAUGCUUUAGACUACACUGAAAAGUGGCUCAAGGACACAGUGAAUGACCUCAGCGAAGCUUCUUCUACUGGCGCAUCUAGUGAUCCUCCUACUCUCCUCCCUGGUCAUGUCCAUAAUCAAGCAUAUUUGCGACUAUUGAAAUGGGAACACCUCUCAGAACCCUUCCCUGAGACAGUGUUGAUGGAUCAAACUCGGUUCCAGGAAAUGCAACAGAAGACGGAAAAAUUGGUUUUGCUUUCAUCUAUAUUACUCAUUGUUUACACUACUACGGGAGAAGCCAUUUCCGGUCUUCCAGGACUUAUAGAGAGGCUUAAAAACACCGUUCAUUCCAUGCUUGCAGACAUGCACACACCGUCUUUCAAUCUGCAAGAGACCUUGUUGACCAUGGGGGAGAAACUUUGCUUGGAGUUAAAUCAAUGUUUAAAACAGCAUGGCUAUGCUACAUUAUCUACUGACCAAAAGGACACUUUGAUGGGGCAAAUCUCAGCCACCAUCCAGCCGGACAACACUGUCCGUCGGUUGAUGGACUCUCGGGUGCAGGGCUACCUGCUGGCAACACUUGAAUCCAGUCAACACAAGACCCCUCCUCCUCUGCCUGGAGGUCUUGCACCUAUCUGCAAGGAGCUAAAAGAACUUGCUGUUAAUUUCAGUUUACUAGUCAACUUCAAUAAGCUGGUCUUCUCCCCAUUCUACCAAAAGAUUCUCCAUAAGUGCUUCUCAUCAGAACAUUGUAGCAGCACAGAGACGUAA